AUGUCGAAGAGGAAAUUCGGAUUCGAAGGCUUCGGCAUCAGCCGGCCCGCCACCUACAGCUUCGAGCGCUCCCAGGCUCCGCAGCGCCUCUACGUACCUCCCUCCUCCCGCGGCGGUGGCGUUCAUGACAACUACGAGGACAACGAUGUUGACGAGAUUGAAUACGAGUCCGAUGGCGCCGAGGGCCAUCCGUCGAAGAGUGGGGGUGCGGACGAUGGCGAGAUCGAUCCCCUAGAUGCGUUUAUGCAGGGAAUUCAGGAGGAGAUGCAGCGGGCGCCUUCGACCUCCGUCGAUGAUAAGAAGGACAAGGGAGACAGAUUCCAUGAGGACGAGGAUGAUCCCAUGGAUAGCUUUCUGAGAGCAAAGAAGGACGUUGGUCUGACCCUGGCCUCGGAUGCCCUGCACGCGGGGUACGAUUCAGACGAGGAGGUGUACGCUGCGGCUAAGGCUGUAGAUGCCGGGAUGAUAGAGUACGACUCUGAUGACAACCCGGUGGUUUUAGACAAGAAAAAAAUCGAGCCUAUACCGGCCCUGGAUCAUAGCAGUAUCGAUUAUGAAUCGUUCAACAAGGACUUUUAUGACGAAAAGCCCUCCAUAUCAGGUACUUAUUAAAAAGAACAAUAUUUUUACCUGUACUUUUUUGGACCAAUCGGUUAAGUAGUUCAUAAAUUCCGUCCUGCUAGAUAAAUGUGAUUUUCUGUUAUUUCUUACGACUCAGCACUAAGGGUUAAACCAAAAUCUUCGAGAUCGUGUAAACAAUUAAUGUGUGGAGCUUCAGUGAAUCAGCUUACGAUGUGUAAUGGGAAGAGAAACAGGCUGCGAAAACUUACUUUUCUGAAUGGGCUCCAGUUUUUUAUUUUUAGUGGGAAUAAUUUGCAUUCCCUGAAUCGAUUGCUUUAUCCCACUUUACAAGGCUGCUGAGAUGAAAAGCAUGUUUAUAUCUAAUGUCCUUCAACCAUUGUUGUUGCUGCUAAAAUGGACAUUACAUGUGUGGCAAUAGCUUGUCCAAAAGGAUUCAAAGGUUUUGGAAGUGAGUUGCCAGAUAACGUUAUGAUUUACUGACUCUAGGUUUACUCUUUUUUUUUAGAACAUUAAUUUGUGCUACACUUGGGUAUGACAAUAGAUAUUUGGACAGAGUGAUUGGGAAAAAAAAUAUAGGAUUUCUAGAAGUUACCUGCUGAAGAAGUUUAUGGCUUUCCAAUGCUGGGCCAACUAGCUGAGGACUUCUAAUAGUAUUCGCAAAUGUAGCUCCCCCGAGAUAAAAUAUUUCCUUAUUGGAGAACCAGGUUGCAUAUAACAGUUUGGCCCAUUGUUCCUAGGUCAAAGAUAAUGCGACUCAUUAUUUUUAACAAGAACGUUAAUUUUUUUCCUCAAUUGGGGGGCAAAGUAACAAUCUUUAAAAACAGAAAUAUUCUAUGGUGAACGGUGUUAACUGUUCUCACAAGGAGAAACUUCAUGGAUCCUCCCUAGCAGAGGUCCUGUCCGGCCUGCCAUCCAGAGAAAUUGUGGAUGGAUUUUUAACACUUCCAUGCUCUUUUAGGGCUGUGGUUCUACACUAGUAACUGUUACAAGUCAGCUUUAAAUUUUCAAUCAUAGGUUAUUUGGAUGUUUAGCAAUAAAGCUGAGCCAAAUGAUCUGUAACUGAUUGAGGAUCACAGAGGAAUUAACGGUGCCAUGUCGCUUUCUUUUCCUUUAUUUUUCCUCUUUCUUUUGAUUUUUUCUCAGAGGUUCACUGAUUCUCCUGGUCAUCAUUUUUCCAAGCCCCACUGAUAUAUCUUGAUAUUUGGGGUGAUAUAUUUACCGUUUUAUGCUUAAUUUUUGGACUGAAAACGCUACUCAUUUUACGGGCAUACUAUGGUAGCCAGUUCAAGAACUCAGGCAGUAGGGUUAAUGCAUAUGAUUGAGAGUAAUGAGUUGUCUGGAUAAGGAAUAAAACUUAGUAUUCUUAUUUCUCUCUUGUUAGUAGUGUAAUUUUUCAAUUCUUAUGGAAAUGCAAUGUUUGCUGAUUUUUGCGGAAAAUUCCUAUUCGUGAAUGAUACAUUGCUUCUUUUCCUAUUGAUCUGUCUAUUUCUACGAUACAUUGCUUCUUUUCCUAUUGAUCUGUCUAUUUCAUUUUCCUUUGCUCUUCUUGUUCACUGAUUGUACUUUUUUCUAACCUAUUUUUAAGUACUGGAUUAUAAAAAGACAGGUUUUGAGGUGUCUACGCAUGACACUUUUUUCUUAUCCUAUCUCAGGAAUGACAGAACAGGAGGUUGCAGAAUAUAGAAAAAGCCUUGGUAUAAGGGUUUCAGGAUUCGAUGUGCCAAGACCAAUCAAACAGUUUGAAGAUUGUGGGUUUUCUUCUACGUUAAUGAACGCAAUUUCCAAACAGGGCUAUGAAAAGCCAACUACGAUACAAUGUCAAGCAUUACCCAUCGUACUGUCUGGAAGAGAUAUUAUUGGCAUUGCAAAAACUGGUUCCGGUAAGACUGCUGCAUUUGUGCUUCCCAUGAUAGUGCAUAUAAUGGACCAGCCUGAACUCAAGAAGGAAGAGGGUCCCAUUGGAGUUAUAUGUGCACCUACUAGAGAGUUAGCACAUCAGAUAUACCUAGAGUCAAAAAAGUUUUCGAAGUCCCACGGUAUCCGGGUGUCAGCUGUCUACGGUGGCAUGUCUAAACUAGAACAGUUCAAAGAACUCAAGGCUGGUUGUGAAAUUGUGGUUGCAACACCUGGGAGAUUAAUUGACUUGCUAAAAAUGAAGGCAUUGACGAUGAUGAGGGCAACAUACCUAGUUCUUGAUGAAGCUGACCGGAUGUUUGAUCUGGGAUUUGAACCACAGAUUAGGUCAAUUGUGGGUCAGAUUAGACCAGAACGGCAGACUUUAUUAUUUUCCGCGACAAUGCCACAGAAAGUUGAGCGUUUAGCUCGAGAAAUCCUCGCAGAUCCUGUCAGAGUUACAGUUGGUGAGGUUGGAAGGGCCAAUGAAGAUAUUACUCAAGUUGUUAACGUAAUCCCGUCAGAUGCUGAAAAAAUGUCUUGGCUUCUUGAAAAACUUCCAGAAAUGAUUGAUGAGGGAGAUGUUCUCGUGUUUGCUUCUAAAAAGGCUACCGUAGAUGAGGUUGAAUCACAGUUGAUCCAAAAAGGUUUCAAGGUUGCCGCUCUUCAUGGUGAUAAAGACCAGGCUUCACGUAUGGAGACUUUGCAAAAGUUUAAAGCUGGAAUUUUCCAUGUCCUUAUUGCAACUGAUGUUGCGGCACGUGGACUUGAUAUCAAAUCAUUAAAGUCAGUUGUGAACUUUGAUAUUGCCAGAGAUAUGGACAUGCAUGUUCACCGAAUUGGAAGAACUGGUCGUGCUGGAGAUAAAGAUGGGGUUGCAUAUACCCUGGUUACACAGAAAGAAGCUCGAUUUGCUGGAGAAUUGGUGAAUAGUUUAGUUGCUGCUGGUCAAAAUGUGCCUGCUGAAUUGAUGGAUCUUGCCAUGAAGGUAAAACAUUAUAGUGUUUAGUAUCCUAUUGUUUAGUUAUGAUUCUAAUAACUUACCUUUGAUUCCUCGUCAUUAUAACUAAAUUCAGAUAAGAGCUUAAAUUGUUUGUUAGAUAUGGUACAUUUUUUUUCAUGCUCAUGUGUACAAUGUCUUGAUUACCAACGCACAGUAAGGACUACUGGUCUUUUAUUACUUGUUGCCCCAAACUAUUUCUCAUCUCAAUUUUAUGCUACAAUAGUAUGCUGACAGAAUAUUUUCCCCUUUUGUUAUCACACUUUUCCUUUUCCUGCUCCUUCUGUUCAUCGGAUAGCAUUUGUUCUUCCACACAAUUUAUAAGCUUGGUGACGGACACUAAUACUAGUUAAUCUACAAGUGGUACAUUUUUCACAAGCAUUUGGAUAAUCUUCUGAUGUUUUUUAUUCGUUUGAAAAUUUUUAGGAUGGAAGGUUUAAGUCCAAAAGGGAUUCACGUAAAGGGUCAGGUAUGCGUUCGUUUUUUGUUCUCAUUUUAAAGAUAUCAGAACACCUCGAAUCGCGUUUUCAACCCGUAUGAAACUCUGUGCCUUAUCUCACGUCGCUUUCUUUUUCCCACUUGGGUCAUUACAGGUGGGAAGAAGGGUGCAGGCAGAGGAAGGGCUGGUGGAAGAGGUGUGCGUGGAGUUGACUUUGGCCUUGGUAUUGGAUACACUUCUGAGUCAACGAACACAGCACCGCCAUCUGUUUCAAAUAGGACGGCAACCGUAAAUGCUCUGAGAACAGGAAUGAUGGCACAGUUUAAGAGCAGUUUUGUCUCCGCAUCGUCCAACACCCAGACCCAGAGUAGAAGUGAAUUGAACACCUUUGCCAGCAAGAGGCCAGUGCUCUCAGGUUUUGUUUCCGGGGGCUCUAUUGGUGGAGAGCCAUACAGACCAGCAACUGCCCCUGCUGUUAACUCCACAACUGGAGCAAAUCCUGGGGUCAAUUCGAAUGAAAACGAAAGUCAAAGGACCUCCGAAAGGUUUGAAAUUAUUUUCUUGUGCACUAUUGGCUCAUUUGGUUACUACGAUCUUAGAUGAAAUUUACCUAUCUCAGCCAUGCGAUAUGUCAAAUGGACAAUCUUGUGCAGAUAUUCCUUUUGUCACGUAAUUCUGUGACUAACUAACCAGGUAUCAUCUUUCUGAUCCUCUCUUUACAGCUCCAGGGAAAAACCUCGGGAAAGACGGCGACCCUCUGGCUGGGAUCGUUGA